AUGGCUUUGUUGAACAAAUUGCUACGGUCUAAAGAGGCCAGGAGCACCACUGAUGUGGGAGCAGAGUCUGUGGGAGCGAGCAGUCACGGCGUCGGGUUAAGUGCCAGCUCGGGGUCCUCGAUUUUCAAGCAUUCCGGUGUGAAAUCCAUCAUACUCGAGUUCCAAGUCGACUUGGACGAUGUGCAUCGGGUCAGAAAACCAAACGAAACAGUAGAGGGAACGGUCACACUCCGAUUGAAAAGAGACGUUUCGAAUGUCUGGAUACGGCUCUCGCAUGUGGGCGAGUGCCAGUUGCGAUCCGGAACUCCAAAGGCAAUGACCAGCGGGUCAUUGAGAUCAAAGUGUUCCGAGAGACUAUUUUGCAGGUCUAAUGAUAUCUACGGCAGCGAGCAGCAGCCGUUGGAUCUCACCAGCGGACAACACAAGUUUCCCUUCUCAUGCAGCAUUCCAACGAAAAAUAUCCUGAGCUCGAUAGAUUUUAAAAAGGGUUCCGUUAAAUACUGGGUGCAGGCCGAACUUCACACCAGGAGCGCCCCUGUUGUUAUACGCAAGCAGUGGUACCAGUUGGUGGUGCCGUUCGACGUCAGCCAGUUGCCGAAACCAGAGAUCAAGACUGUCAUAUUGCAGUCCCCCAACAGCAACUACUCGCAUAUGAACCAUUCGCGGAAACAUCUUGCAGCUGGAUCUGCAGACCACCAGGAUGCCACCUCUUCAUUGACAAGAAGGACCGCAGAUAGCUCCACCAUCACAAACGCUUCCACGGGCUCUUGCACCUCGAGUAACUCAGGAAACUCUUGUCCCGCAGAAAAUAAUAGCAAUAAUAAUAAUAAUAGUACCAACAAUAACAAUAACAAUAGCAGCGCGAGCACCAGUAACAACAACAAUAAUAAUAAUAAUAAUAACACCAACAACAACAACAAAACAGUCAAGAUUUCCGUAGAAAUCCCGUCUCUCGGAUACACUGUAGGGGAAGAUAUCCAAGUCAAAGUCAAAGUCUCGCAUUAUAAACAUUAUUCGCAUCCAGCAGGCUUGAUCGCUACUUUGGUAAGGAUUUGCAGAGUUGCUAAUUCUGCAAACCUAGAGCAAACAGAGACUUUUAGAAAAGACAUAUGCCAAAGCGUGGCACCACUAUAUACAGACCCAGAUACCCAUGAUGCAUCGGUAAUGCUAAAGCUAAAGGUCCCCUUAGACACUUUCCCAACCUCGGACGUCAAAAACAAGUUUUUCACUUUCCAAUAUUACGUUGAAGUCUUGGCAAACUUGUCCAAGAAGAAUCAGGUUUAUACAGAAUCAAACAGAUUGGUGGGUGGUCAACGCACAAGCGAUAUCCCAACACAGUCGGAAAAACUCUCGUUCAUUCCAAAACUGAUUGCUUCAGAUCACAACUCCGCUGGAGAAGAUGAGUCCGUCACUUUCUUUCAAGAUUUGAUUAACGUUGAUCGUUUGAAACGUCUCAGAAAUGUCACUGGUAUGUCUAUCGAAAUCGUGCUUGGGACGCAUAGAGAAAUCCCACAGCAACAGCAGCAGCAGCAGGAGUCACCUGUAGCAGAAGGUGUUCCGGUCGCCCAGGAUAAUGGACAUGUAACCACGAACGACAAUGCGGCAAAUACUUCAUUGGAAGAACCAAGUUCACCCAUUGACCAGGUUUAUGGAUACCUCCUACAACAGAACAUGUCUACGUUGCCAGAAGUUACACUUUCGGAAAGUGAUAUCGCUAUGAGCUACCCGACGGAUCCAGUACCCUCUUACAGCAGCAACUUUAACAACUUUGCUCUGCCUACUAUUGCCGAUGACAAACAAGAAUUAGAACAGAUGAGAUUAAAGGAGCUAGAAAGUGAACCUCCUAUCUGA